AUGUCGUGGCAGACUAUUUCAGCAAGCUGGCUUCCUACAUGUCGCAUGCAUGCGAUUGAUCCCAUGCUGAUCAGUGCUCUGGUGGAGAGGUGGCAACCAGAGACACACACGUUCCACAUGACGCAGGGCGAGAUGACUAUUACGUUGCAGGAUGUUACGGCUAUAUUGGGAUUGCCGACUGAUGGGAAAGUGGUUACGGGUGCUACAUCCAUGAACUGGCGAGUCCUGUGCGAUGAGGUGCUUGGUCACGCCCCGCUCGUUUCAGAGCAGCCGUACGGGGAUGUCAAACUCUCAUAUUUAGACAGACAUUACACGCAUUUGGGUGCAGGUGCUGCGGAUCCACAACAAGUUAUAUUUUUUACUAAGGCACACAUUGCGCGUAUGUUAGGAUCAUGGCUUCUGUGCGACAAAUCUGGAGGUAGCGUCGUCGGAUGUCGCUACAUUGCGUUGCUUGCAGGAGAUUUUGAUGACAUUGGUCAAUACAGUUGGGUAUCUGCUGUUCUCGCACAUUUGUUUAGACUAUUGUGCGAGAUUACUGACCCACGCAGAUCAGACAUGGGUGGGUGUCAUAUACUGUUGCAGAUAUGGGCGUGGACCAGGUUUACACCUAUUGCUCCUCUCUCUGGAAGGUUGACAGAAUACGACCUCUCAUAA